CAAAUUCCUUGCUGCCCACCCCUCAGAGGAAUAUCGAGGAAAUACGAGCUCCAAGGACUGGGGCUUUUCUGAAGGGAUGGCUUCCUCCGCUCCCUCGUCCUCCAACGAUGCUUCGGACCCCACCCCACCUAAUCUGCGACCUACAACUUACGACUCGUGGUGCGGCGUGGCUCACGGGUGCACCAGGAAGAUCGGGCUGAAGAUAUGCGGGUUCCUGCAAAGGACCAACAGCCUGGAAGACAAGGGCCGGAUCGCCAGCUCUCUGAAGGAAAGGCAGUCGUCCAAGAGCCUGCUGGCAUGCGAGAACAGUGAGAAGGAAUCCAGGUUCCGGCGCACCGAGACAGACUUUUCCAAUCUGUAUGCCAGAGAUUUGUUGCCCUCCAAGAAUGGUGAGGAGCAAACAAUGCAGUUUCUGCUGGAGGUUGUGGACAUCCUCCUCAACUACGUGAGGAAGACUUUUGACAGAUCCACCAAAGUGCUGGACUUCCACCACCCACACCAGCUCCUGGAGGGCAUGGAAGGCUUUAACCUGGAGCUUUCAGACAACCCUGAGUCACUGGAGCAGAUUCUGGUGGAUUGUCGGGACACACUGAAAUAUGGAGUGAGGACAGGUCACCCUCGCUUUUUCAAUCAGCUGUCCACAGGACUGGACAUUAUUGGCUUGGCUGGGGAAUGGCUGACAUCUACUGCUAACACAAACAUGUUUACCUAUGAAAUUGCUCCUGUCUUUGUCCUCAUGGAACAAAUAACACUUCGAAAGAUGAGGGAGAUUAUUGGAUGGUCAAACAAAGAUGGUGAUGGAAUAUUCUCACCUGGAGGAGCGAUCUCCAACAUGUACAGCAUAAUGGCUGCACGCUACAAGUAUUUCCCUGAAGUUAAAACCAAAGGCAUGGCUGCAGUCCCUAAACUGGUUCUCUUUACCUCAGAGCAUAGUCACUACUCAAUAAAGAAAGCUGGAGCUGCACUUGGAUUUGGAACAGACAAUGUUAUUUUGAUAAAAUGCAAUGAAAGAGGCAAAAUAAUACCAGCUGAUUUGGAGGCAAAAAUUCUGGAAGCAAAAGAAAAGGGAUAUGUUCCUCUUUUUGUAAAUGCAACUGCAGGCACAACAGUAUAUGGAGCCUUUGAUCCAAUACAGGAGAUUGCAGAUAUAUGUGAAAAAUACAACCUCUGGCUCCAUGUUGAUGCUGCCUGGGGGGGUGGACUCUUAAUGUCCCGAAAGCACCGUCAUAAAUUGAAUGGAAUAGAAAGAGCCAACUCAGUCACUUGGAAUCCACACAAGAUGAUGGGAGUGUUGUUACAAUGUUCUGCCAUUCUUGUCCGGGAGAAGGGUAUCCUUCAAGGCUGCAAUCAAAUGUGUGCAGGCUAUCUCUUCCAGCCAGACAAACAGUAUGAUGUCUCCUAUGACACUGGAGAUAAGGCAAUACAGUGCGGUCGGCAUGUAGACAUUUUCAAAUUUUGGUUGAUGUGGAAAGCAAAGGGUACAGUAGGAUUUGAAAAUCAGAUCAAUAAAUGCCUGGAGUUGGCAGAAUAUCUCUACACUAAAAUCAAAAACAGAGAAGAAUUUGAGAUGGUUUUUGAAGGGCAGCCAGAGCAUACAAAUGUAUGCUUUUGGUAUAUUCCUCCAAGUCUCAGGGGCAUGCCAGACUCUGAUGAGAGAAGAGAAAAGUUACACAGGGUGGCACCAAAAAUCAAGGCACUGAUGAUGGAGUCAGGUACCACCAUGGUUGGAUAUCAGCCUCAGGGCGAUAAAGUCAACUUCUUCCGAAUGGUCAUCUCAAACCCAGCAGCAACUAAGUCUGACAUUGACUUCCUCAUUGAGGAGAUUGAGAGGCUGGGGCAGGAGCUGUAGUGGUUGAAUGAUUUAUUUCUUGAAUUCCCUGUUUUCCAGCACUGGCUAUUUUUUAAACCCAGUUCUGCAGAACAUGUUUAAAGGAAAUUCUCUUUCUGUAAGUUGCAAUCUCCUAAGAUAUCCUUAAACAAAGCAACUAUAGGCUACUGAAAUAUAUAUGUAUUGGUAGA